CUCUCUUUCCGCUUUUUCAUGCUAAAGGGGACCUUCCGUCAAUACUUGUUCUCCUUCCUCGUUCUGGGAACGCCGGGAGGCAGGGAGGGAAGGGUUGCCUGUAGGGACCCAGGCAAAUAUCCAGUGCGGGAAGACGGGACUUCCGCGUCCCCCCGGAAGUGACGCGACAGUCGCGGCCGCCGACAGGUGGAACGGCAGGUGGGUUCAGGUGCCAGCCUGGCCCGGACCCGGCUGUGGUACUGACGCUUCCGGUGAGCGACAGAGGCGAGCUCCCAAGGGCCUGGAGACCCGUGGGGCGGGCUCUGGAAUCUGAGGCUCCGCCCUGGCCUGGAGUUCCCCCCUGUACCUAUUCCCCAUUCCCCUGCCGAGCUGGGCAGUUAGCCAGCACACUGAAACUCUCGGAACCAUGUUUGCAGACUUGGAUUAUGACAUCGAGGAGGAUAAACUCGGAAUCCCUACCGUACCUGGGAAGGUGACCUUGCAGAAGGAUGCUCAGAACCUGAUUGGGAUCAGCAUUGGAGGAGGAGCCCAGUACUGUCCCUGCCUGUAUAUUGUCCAGGUGUUUGACAACACCCCAGCCGCGCUGGACGGCACCGUGGCAGCUGGCGAUGAGAUCACCGGGGUCAAUGGCAGGUCAAUCAAAGGAAAAACUAAGGUGGAGGUGGCCAAGAUGAUUCAGGAGGUGAAGGGGGAGGUGACUAUCCACUACAACAAGCUGCAGGCGGACCCCAAGCAGGGCAUGUCCCUGGACAUUGUGUUGAAGAAGGUGAAGCAUCGGCUGGUUGAGAACAUGAGUUCGGGGACCGCAGAUGCCCUGGGCCUGAGCCGGGCCAUCCUGUGCAAUGAUGGGCUUGUCAAGAGGCUUGAGGAGCUGGAGCGGACCGCCGAGCUGUAUAAAGGGAUGACAGAACACACCAAGAACCUCCUACGGGCCUUCUAUGAGCUGUCGCAGACGCACCGGGCCUUUGGGGACGUGUUCUCCGUGAUUGGGGUGCGGGAGCCCCAGCCAGCUGCGAGCGAGGCUUUCGUGAAGUUCGCCGACGCCCACCGCAGCAUUGAGAAGUUCGGCAUCCGGCUGCUGAAGACCAUCAAGCCGAUGCUGACGGACCUGAACACGUACCUCAACAAAGCCAUCCCAGACACUCGCCUCACCAUCAAGAAGUACCUGGACGUGAAGUUUGAGUACCUGUCGUACUGCUUGAAGGUGAAGGAGAUGGACGACGAGGAAUACAGCUGCAUUGCUCUAGGGGAGCCCCUGUACCGCGUGAGCACAGGCAACUACGAGUACCGCCUGAUCCUGCGCUGCCGCCAGGAGGCCCGCGCUCGCUUCUCCCAGAUGCGCAAGGACGUGCUGGAGAAGAUGGAGCUGCUGGACCAGAAACAUGUCCAGGACAUCGUGUUCCAGCUGCAACGCUUUGUGUCCACCAUGUCCAAGUACUACAACGACUGCUACUCAGUGCUGCGUGACGCCGACGUCUUCCCCAUCGAGGUGGACCUGGCCCACACCACGCUGGCCUACGGCUUCAGCCAGGAUGAGUUCACUGACGGCGAGGAUGAGGGGGAGGAAGACGAGGAGGACACAGCAGCCGGGGAGCCGUCCAGGGAUGCGCGAGGGGCUGCCGGGCCCCUGGACAAGGGCGGAAGCUGGUGUGACUCCUGAGUGCCCCCUUGGGGUGCGGAUCUGGGGGGUAGGGCGAGUGGGAGGAUGGCAGCAUGGGAGUGGGGGCAGGACUGCCACACAACAGGGUGGCGCAUAAAGGCCUGCUGGCUUGGGGCGCCUGCCUCCCUGCUCCUCUGUCCCAGCACAGCGAACCCCAGCACCCGCCCAGGAAAGGCACCGGGCCGUGGCCUGGGACCUGGACGCUGGCCCCUCCACCUUCCCUCCCCACCUCCCCGGCCAGCUGGAGAGCUUGGUCUCUGGACCUGCCAUAGGAAGGAGAAAGAGGGCAGAAAGGAAGAGGGGCUGGAGGUGGCGGGGAGUCCAGGAGCCGUUCCUUGUGGGCACCUCCACUGGCCCCCCGGAGACCUGCCAGGAGGGGGCGCGGGUGGACCGCUGAGCUUGGGACCAGGGUUUCACGCGCACCCUCACCUUGCCCUAGGCUGGCCCCGCCCCAGUCCACACUCACCUCGGCGGCCUUGAUUAGUUUUAUUCCCUCGCUCAGCCACUUCCCUGGGGAGGGGCUGGGCGCUGGGCCUGUACUGAAUAAACACAAACCCAGAUGGA